AUGUCAGCUAGCGACGGUCCUAUACCGCAUGUGAGUCAGUCUGGUGCGAAAACAGGCUCUCAGCAGCAGCACCCACCGUCGAGCAAGGCACCGCCUCCGAUAGUGGCGGUUACUCAAGUGUCACGUCCGUUUUUCACAUCUUCAGAAUUGAAGUAUCUCCUUCAACAAACCAUCCCAGAGUCCAAAAAGGUGUUGUAUUCCCAAAAGAAGCACCAGGUGUUUCAAUUUGUAUUCCAAUUGAUAAAAACCGUGAAGUUCCCGCUUCGGGUGUUGGCCACUACCAUGAACUACUACCAACGAUAUUUCUUGUUCAACAAGUGGGAGGAAUCUACUUCCAGUGGGACCAACGGUACCACAGGCACACCAACAUCGGUGCAAGAGGCACAUGAACUCAUAAUCAAACAGCAUGAGAGAGACCCAUUCGUGAUUGCCAUGAGUUGUCUUCUCUUGGCUUCCAAGAACGAGGACUGCAUCAAGAAAUUGAAAGAUAUACAAGUUGUCGGGAAUAAACUAAGAGAUAUAGACGACCAAGACUCUAAGGGGUUGUAUUUGGAUUUCCAAAGGAAAGCCAUUCUAAAUAUCGAAUUCAAGAUCUUACAGGUGAUCAAGUUUGACUUCUUGAAUGGAUCCACCAUGAACACGAGUGUAGACCAGUUGCUUGUUCAGUUUUGUAAGAAGUUGGGGAUUGACUACAUCCAUACCAUGUACUCGUGGCUCGUGAGUUUUGACAUCAUGUCAACGCCAUUGUGUUUGAUGAUCCCAUCGCAUUGCAUUGCCGUGGCUAUCAUAAUCAUUACCUUGAACGUGAAGCCUAAAGACAUAGUGCACAAGUUCAACCGAGGAGAGCAGCAGCUCUCAUCGCACGAUUUAAACGUCAUCUUGGAGAGCUUGGACUGUUACUCUCAGUUCAGGUGCCCAGAAACAUUGGUAAACGAGGGGAUAAUAUAUGUAUUAGACUACUAUGUACAUAAUAUGAACUACCUGAUCUUGAAUGAGUACAUGCCAGCCAUAGAUGCCGACACUGGAAAGGAACAAAUAUUUAAGUUUAUGGAUUUGAAGUCGAGGUUCAACGACUUGAAGAUCUUGGACGAAGCUUCUUGCAGUGAAAGAGAUAUGUUGCGCCAAGAUUACUACUUGAAGCCAUGGGAUUAUAGUUUAAGUGCCAAGGGGUGCAGCAGGUUUAUGUUGGGAAACAAAAGGGCAAGGUUUGAGUUGGAGUUGCAGUUUGAGCAGGAGUAUAAGAAGAAGAAAGUCAGUGAAGUGAGCAGCGUGUAA